AUGCAGUUACCUGCCACACUGCCUCCAUCAGUGGGCCAACCGGGCUGCUCUCCCUUGCGCCGGUCCCUUGGCCGUGGGAGCACACCGGAGGGGCCUACCGCCGGGGAGCUGCUCGGCACUAGCACUACGGAGUGCGGCCGCGGGGCGGCGCUGCCGGGGCAGGCGGGGCUGCAGGGGGCCCGGCACCGGCGCUGCUGCGCGCUUCCUGCGCGCUUCCUGCGCGCUUCCUGCGCGCCUGCCUCCAGCGCGCAGCCGGGGGCGUGGUCUGGCCGCGGGUGGACAGCGGGGCGGCGGUGCCACGUGCGGCGGCAGCAUGGCGGCUCCGGCGGGCGGCAGGAGAGCCAAGGCCCCGCUUGGGGCGGCAGCGCGGCCGCGGGCGGCGGAUCGCCCCGUUCCGACCCGCAGGUGUCGGGCGCCGAGGGGAGGCCGCGGGCGGCUGGCGGGCGGCCGCUCGACGAGGAGGUGUCCAGCGAUUCCGAGACGGAAGGCCCGUUGCACGGACGGCGGCGGCGGGAGGAGGCGGAGGAGGAGGUGGAGGAAACGCCGCAGGAGAAGAAGCUGCGCCUGGCCAAGCUUUACCUGGAGCAGCUCCGCCAGCACGAAGAGGCGCUUGCGGAGGAGGAGGAGGCCCAGCAGGAUCUCAUCGGCGACCGGCUGCAGGAGGACGUGCUCGAGCAGAAGGGCCGGCUGCAGCGCCUGGUCGCCAAGGAUGUGCAGCCUCCGGAUCCAGCCAGCAUCCGUGUGUUUCGGGGACACCACCUGUCCGUCACCUGCCUGGUCAUCUCUCCAGAUGACAGGUUCAUCUUCUCUGCUUCCAAGGAUGGCUCCCUCAUCAAAUGGGAGGUGGAGAGUGGGAAGAAGCUGUGCGUGGUGCCCGGGGGCAAGAAGGGCACUGAGGAGCGUCACAUGGGCCACGCGUCCCAUGUCCUCUGCAUGGCCAUCUCAUCAGAUGGCAAGUACCUGGCCACAGGAGACAGGAACAAGCUGAUCAUGAUCUGGGACGCAGCUACCUGCAAGCGCUUGCACAUCUUCACUGGGCACCGGGACGCUGUCUCAGGCCUGUCAUUCCGGAAGGGCACGCACCAGCUGUACAGUGCCUCCCACGACCGCUGUGUAAAGGUCUGGAAUGUGUCGGAAAAUGCUUAUAUAGAGACGCUGUUUGGGCACCAGGAUGUUAUCACGGGGCUGGACAGCCUGAGUCGGGAGUGCUGUGUGACGGCAGGGGGACGGGAUGGCACCGUGAGGCUCUGGAAGAUCCCUGAGGAGUCGCAGCUCGUGUUCUGUGGGCACCAGGGCUCCAUCGACUGCAUCCAGCUCAUCAAUGAGGAGCACAUGGUAUCGGGAGCUGAUGAUGGCUCUGUUGCUCUGUGGAGUGGGACAAAGAAGAAGCCACUGGCCCUGGCCCGGCAGGCACAUGGCAUGCAGGAUGCCCAGGGCCUGCAGCAGCCAUACUGGAUCUCAGCGGUGGCCGCCCUGCGCAACAGUGAUCUCCUGGCUACAGGCUCCCACAGCACCAGCGUGAAACUCUGGAAGUGCAGUGAGGGAUUUCGGAAGCUGGAGCCUCUCUGGGACAUCCCCUUAGUGGGUUUUGUCAACAGCCUCAAGUUCUCCGCAGCAGGUGACUUCCUGGUGGCUGGCAUUGGGCAGGAGCACCGGCUUGGCCGGUGGUGGAGAAUCAAAGAAGCCAAAAACAGCAUCUGCAUCAUCCCACUGAAACGGAGGACCACAGUUCCCAGCUCAGAAGGCCCUGACAGCUCUUAGUAUGGCUGGAGCCAGGUCCUUAAACCACUGUCCCUGGAGCUGUGCCCUGUGUUCUUCAUGCAGCCACCUUCCUUGGGACAGCAGCAUGUCAGAGAGGGGUGUCGCAUAGCCCCUUACCCUGCUGCUCCCCAUAGUGUGCUGUGGCUCUGCCCUCUGCGAGGGUCUAUCCUCUUCCCUCAGGUCAGUCAUACCUGAGCUCUGGAAGAGUCCAUUAAAAAAACAAACAACAAACCCACUUUAUUUACAUAAGUUACAAAAGGAAAGGUCACACUCUUGUUCACAGAAUAAAUCUACUCUUAAAAACUUG